AUGGCGUCUGUAAUGCUCUUCCCGAACGUAGCAACCCACCGCAGGAUGCCCCACUUGUCCAAGGAGCCCAAAGAGACUACUACGCCCAAGCCAACAGCCGAUAUCAACCUCUCACAGCAACAGCAGCUACGGACGACUGUCCUCCUCCCACAUUCCUCUGAUGCUCCUCCGUCCGGCCGCACAGACAGCAGCAGCAACGACAGCGCCUCAAAAGCAAUUGCCCCGUCUUCUUCGUCUCCGACUCCACAACAGCAACAGCAACAGCAACAGAACUCGACCACUGGCAAGGGCCACAGGAGUCACCUCACUCUCACCACUGCCACUACCACGAAUCCCUACGGCAAUAGUAGCAAAAAUACUGAGCAGGUCACUUUUGGUGCCUCUUCGUCAAGUUCUUUGACUGUCGAGGGCGCUGGAGGGUACUUCUCAACGACUCCGUCGGCGUCGGCGUCUGCAUCUACCGUCUCCACGCCUCUUGCCGACCCUCUCCACCACCACCACAGCCACCACGUCCACAACAUUUUAGAUCAUGAGAGCUCUAGCACCAGUCAAGCCGCCAAGUUGCAGCAGAGGUCGGGAGAGGUGACGCCAUUGUCGUUGGUCAGUCCGUCGCCGGGAGCCAUGUCGCCCAUGCUCCGUCCACAUCUGGGUCCUUCUGCGCCUAUUACUCCUUUGGACUUGUGUUCAGAAAAUGGAAUCUCGAACCAUGGUGCUGCAGGAUAUUUUGGAAUUGUGCAUGGUCAUGGAUCGGCACCGGGAUCAGGAGCUUCAUCCUCGUCGUCGUCGUCGAGACAAUUGCACCAACAGCAGCACGUUGGGCCAAACCAUUAUCAUACCCACCACAUUCACCAUAGCACUCAUGGACAUGGACAACAGCAGCAUCCUCAGCCACCUGCACCUUCGAUACUGAGUCGAACGGGAUCUUUCAGCAAACAGAAACCACAACAACAACAGCAUCACCACCAAGAGGACACCCUCCUCCACCAUCGCUCUCACCGCCGCGACACCAGCACCGGGAGUAAUAGCAGCCCACUUUCCAGAAAGUCAUCCCUGGGAGACAUCCAUCUAGACCCGACAGAGCACCCAGUUCUGUGUUCACUCCAGACACUCAGUCUGACACACCCACAUUCUGCGAACCAUUACCAUCCGCAUUUGGGACAUGAUUUGGGACAUGAUCGCGUUUCGAUUUCGGACCCGGACUUGUCUAGUGGUAGUGGGGGGAGGAUGAUGACAAUGCCGUUGACACCGAGUGGGGUGUUGUCCAAGACGAACGGUCCUAAGGCGUAG